AUGAUAAUUAAAAAAAAGAACCCGUCAUUAAAAGCGAAAAAAGAGGAAGUUGUUGUAGAUGAGGAUUUGCAUCAGAUAGAAUUAAAAGAUCAGCGAUAUGGUUAUGAAAGAAUUAUAGAAAGAAUAGGACCAUGCGAAGAUAAUGAACUAUUUAAAGGUUUGAAUAAAGUUAAUAUAGUAGUGUUUGAAUAUGAUGAAGAUGAAAAUGAUAAAUACAAAAAUGGGGAAAAAGAUACAGUAGUUGAUGUAUUAUAUGAAAAUCAAAGAGGUAUAUCCUUAUGUGGAACUUUAAUGUUCUCUUCAAAUUUAUUAUUCUUUUUUGAUCCACCUCCUUGGACAGAUAAAAAUUUCCGAUAUUCGCCUGUUAAUAUAGCUACUGCAACUUGUCCUGAUCCUUCUUGGAGAUGGACAUGGGACAAAUGGAGAAUUGACAUGUAUGGAAAUGUAGAUUCUGAUGGAUGGUCAUAUGGUUUUUCUUUUAAGUCAAAAAGAUGGUAUGGAACCUCUUUUUGGUUUCAUAGUUUUGUGAGAAGACGAAAAUGGGUAAGACAGAGACAAUGUUGUUUUGAUGAUCUUAGGUGUGAGGAUGAUGGAAACUAUUUUACUAUUAGUUCUUCAUAUGAGCCUUCUAGGUCUCUAACAAGUACAACUAGUCCUAGUAAAGAUGUUUUAUCUGUAUCAGAUAAUUCUGAAGAUGAUAUAAGCGUUCAAGAUUUACUUAAGAGGUUAAGAGAAUCUAGGAUUGACAGAGAAAGACUCCGUAUUUUAAAAAGAUUCAUUAUAUAUAAUAAUAAAAGAAUUGAUUUAUUAAAAGAAUCAAUAAAAGAUAUUCUUGAUUGUUUUAUUUUUCAUGAAUCUCGGCGUCAGCUUCUUGCUUUUUUGGUUAAAAUGGCAAAAGAUAUUCAAACUGAAAAUUGUAAUGUUUCAGACUUUUUAGAAGGAACCAAAAAAGAAAUAAAUAAGGACGAUAUUUUAGAGCUUGCUCAUCUUAUAAAAAAAAAUAUAGAUAAAUACGAAUUUUGGGAAGAUUAA